CAUUAUGCAACUUUUUAUUGACAUAAUUGCAUAUAUAUACAUUGUCAUUCGUAUUAUUGCCAGUGCUAUCUUUGGAAGCAAACGAUCAGAGCAACCUCUCAUGGCGACCUCGUCGCGACUAUUACGCCUCUUUCGGCAAGACAUAUAACUAACACAUCUUGGCGCCAUCAAAUGUAUACACCAGAAACUAACCAAACAAAGUAAAAGACAAUAAAGAUCCUGAAAACAAAGGAGACGAUAAAGAUGCCAAAAACACAAAGAAAAUCAUACAUUCUUUCUUCGACUCUUCUAGAGACCACAGUCGUAACUGCUGGAAAUCAUAGUCUGAUUAUACCUACUGUAUACCAAACAUAGCUACAUAAAUAUAUCAUAAAUGUUACUUGAUGUACAAAGUUCUUAAUACAUAGUGACAUGUCAACGACAUCUAGCGGCAGAUUUCCAAAUCUUUUUCCAACAACACAGGCGAUAUCUAACGAUCGAUUUUCCUAUCAUUUCUACUCAUCAUUCCUCCGCCAUAUUUCAUUUAGAAUCAGUCUAUUCUAUCUAUUAACAUAAAGACAGGUAAAAAGUUAUUUAGUUUGUAUAAUUUAUAAGUAUCCCGUCAUAUUAGAAAGAUUAAACAUCGAUAUAUUUUAUUCCUCAGAUUAUAUUCUUAAACAUUAUAGAUAAAUCGUUAAUUUCUUAUCUAGCAGUCUUUAAUAUUACAUGUUUACUUUUAGUGAUAUAUUGGAAUUAUUUUUAUCGCAAUAUUGACGUUUGUAAGAAUAACAAGAGAAUUAUAAUAUUAAUUACUGGCUGUACGUCUGGCAUUGUGAAUGGAAGUUAUUAAAAGGCAAAAGAAUGAAUGACAUAGCAGAUCAAUGCGAGUAUAAAAAAGAUCAAAGCGAUAUUUCGAAAGAAUUAUGUGCCUGGAUCGAAAGUAUUCCUUUUACAAAACCUAAGAAGAAUAUAUCUCCUCUGUCGUUAUACAGAGAUUUAUCGGAUGGCGUUUUGUUAGCUGAAAUUCUCAAGUAUUAUUAUCCCCGUUACGUUGAUCUUCAUAAUUACAUACCUGCAAAUAAUUUUUUCUUGAAGAAAGAUAAUUGGAAUACAUUAAAUCGUAAAGUAUUAACGAAGAUCGAUAUGAAAUUGAAUAAAGAUGUUAUAAGUUUACUCGCUAAUUGUCAUCAAGGAACAAUAGAGAAGCUCCUUUUUGAGAUCAAAAACAAAAUCGAAAGAAUCAAUCAUCAGGAUGUUUUGUCGUUAAACGAAACGCGAAAUGAUGAGCUAGUUAACAAUGAUAAUGUUAAAUUAUCGGAAAAUCUGAAUAAUCGGGAUUCUAUUGAAAUGUUAACAUCUAAGAAUGCAAACAUUAAAGAAUUUUCUGUUUCUCGUCAGUUAAAGAUAAAUUGUAUAAAGGGAGCGAUAUUUAACGCUACAAAAUGGUUGUUUAGUUGGUUCUGCUUUUGGAAUUUCUUUCUGAGUUAUGGACGAAAGAAUAAUAUAAUAGAAGAUAUAAAAAUCGAAGUUGAUCAGAAAGACGAAGACGUACCACAUCAAAUUUGUAUUCAAUUGAAGCAAGAAUUACGUGAGAAAGAUAAUCUAAUAUGUACUCUGAAUCAUAAAAUCGCUUAUCUGGAAGGAGCAAUGAAGUUGAAAGAUCUACGCAUAUCUGGUCUAACGUCACAAAUAGUACAAAAUGCUGUGGAAAUGGAUAACUUUGCUAAAUGUCAAGGAAAUGAGCAUCAAUUGAAAACACGUAUACGUUUUUUCUCUAAUAGUCACAAACAUAACGAAAAUGAAAUCAACAUGAUGCUAUAAAUACACUUUGAGAGAUAUUUUUGAUAUAUGAUCUUCUGGAAUGUAAUUUUUUCGAUCAUUAUCUUUCUUAAUGUAUAGCUAAUAUAUCCGAUAAUAUCUAUAUAUGAGGAAUGUAUUAAUAAGUGAUUUCAAAUUAAUUUAAUUUCGUGAAAGAAAGAUA